AUGCCUGAAGAACCCAAGGUGUUUGAGGAGAAUGAGGCGGAACCCGUGUGGACGGAGACGGAGACGUCGCAGGAAUUCCAGAUCUUGGUGAGCAAGUUGGUCCACCAACACCUGAAGGAGGUGGCUCUCCUUGAGAAGCAGAAGGCUUCGCUGAAGGAAAGCGUCGGCGAGAUGAUGGGAGAGCUGACCCGUCUCCGCACGAACGACUUGUCCAAGAUGCCCAAGGCUCCUCAGAGCCCGGACGCGGUUGAAGCCCGCAGCACCAGCUGGCAGGGGAACAAGUACAAGAAGAAAGGGACCAGCGUCGUCGCGGAUCAAAUCCUCGAGGUCUUCGAAGGCGACCCCCUGGAGGUCGAGGACAGAUUCGAGACAGACUUCGGCAAGCUGCUGCGGGGAGUCACAAGGUAUGAAACCAGUGAGACGGAGGAAGACAGGGAUGCAGAGCUGACGUUCCUUCAGCGCCUCCGGAUGUGGCUACAGUCAAAUGCCUACGAUAUGUCAAUGGCCUUCAUCUUGUGCCUGAACGUGCUGUGGAUGGCCCUUGAGAGCCAGAUCGACGGCCUGCAACUGGGCAGCCAGCUCGGGCUCUAUCCCACGUCUCCCCACACUGACGAAUGGGAGCUCAGCUUCAUGAUCGGAGACCUGUUCUUCACGUCCCUCUUCGCCUUGGACGUGCUGGUGCGGAUAUGUAUUUUGCAGCGCAUCUUCUUCAGGUCCUGCAUGAACUACGUGGACCUCACAGUGAGUGUGACCUCGCUGGUGGAGAUGACGGUGACGAGACUCGGACGGGUCUCAAUGAGCUUGAACCCGGUCCUCUUCCGCUUGCUGCGUAUCGGAAAGCUGUUCCGUGCGGUGCGCAUGGUGCACAUGACCAACAUGCUGGCCUCGCUCCAUCUCCUGGUGAAGUGCCUCAUCGCCAGUUGCAACAUGCUUUUCUGGAGCUUCUGUCUGCUGACCUUCCUGCAGUGUGUGGCCGGUCUCAUCAUCAGCACACUAUGCAAGGAUUUCAUCGCCUCAGAGAUGAACGAGGCGCAAGCGCGGGAGGACGUGUUCCUGUACUUUGGUACUUUCAGCCGGACAUUUCUCACGAUGUUCGAAAUUUUAUUUGCAAAUUGGGGCCCGCCCUGCCGCCUCUUGGUCGAGAACAUCAGCGAGUGGUUCUCCGUGCUUUUCCUCCUCUACCGAUGCGUGCUAGGCUUUGCCGUUCUCAACGUGGUCAACGCGGUCUUCGUUCAGCAGACCAUGAAGACAGCCAGCACAGAUGAGGAGCUCGCCUUCAAGCAGAAGGAGAAGGACAUCGCCUUGUACACUCGAAAGGUGCGAGGUUUGUUCCAGACCAUGGAUGCAUCAGGGGACGGCGCCAUCAAUUUGGAGGAGUUCGCCAAGUUGGUGAAAAGUCCAAAGCUGAAGUUUUGGAUGAGCCAGCUGGAGCUCGAAUACCACGACCUGCUGAGCUUGUUCGAAUUCCUGGAUAACGGCGAUGGAGAGAUCACGCUCAUGGAGUUCAUCGAAGGCGCCGGGAGGCUCCGUGGCAAUGCCAAGGCUCUGGACAUUUGGCGCGUGGAGACCAAGCUCGAGGUGCUUUUCGAGCGGGUGCUGCGCGCCCUACCUCAUUUGGAAUCCGCGGACGCUGCAGAUGAUCCCUCAAGGGCCUCCGUGCAGCAAGUCUUCGACCACUCAGUGUGUCCGAACUCUUGGAUUUGGAGUGAGGCGGUUGUGAUGCCUUUGCAGAAGGCCAAAGCAGCGGAAAAGUUGCGAGACCGGAUGAUCAAGUUCCGCCGUGUCACCGGGUUUCCGCAAGAGGAUCUGUGCACAGGUGUCAGGCUCUCGGCCAGCGUGGCUUUUCACCGGGUCUCUCUCGAGCCUGGGCUCAGCAGCCGGAUGAAUGGCGCCUCCGAGCAGUCGAGCCCGGGGUUCUUGAACCUGCCGGGCGUGAAGACUACCAAGCCGGAGCUGCUGGAAAACAAGUUCGAGAGCUUGGUGGAACCCGUAUGGGAGGAGACGUCGCAGGAAUUCCAGCUCUUGGUGAGCAAGUUGGUCCACCAACACGUGAAGGAGGUGUCUCUCCUUGAGAAGCAGAAGGCUUCGCUCAAGGUGAGCAUCGGCGAGAUGGAGGGUGAGCUGACCCGUCUUCAAACGAAGGAAGCGAUCAAGACGCCCAAGACACCUCAAAGCGGGGACGGGGACGGGCUUGACUGCCGCAGCGCCAGCUUGCAGAGGAGCAGGUACAAGAAGAAGGGAACGACUGUCAUCGCGGAUCAAAUCCUUGAAGUCUUCGAAGGCGACAAUGGCAUAGAGGUCGAGAAAAAGUUCGAGACAGACUUCGGCAAGCUGCUGCGGGCAGGCACGAAGUAUGAAACCAGUGAGACGGAGGAAGACAGGGUUGGAGACCUGACGUUCUUCCAGCGCCUCCGGAUGUGGCUACAGUCCAAUGCCUACGAUAUGUGCAUGGCUUUCAUCUUGUGCCUCAACGUGCUGUGGAUGGCCCUUGAGAGCCAGAUCGAUGGCCUGAACCUGGGCAGUCAGAUCGGGAUCUACCCUCCCGGCCCUGAGCAGUGGGAGCUCAGUUUCAUGAUCGGAGACGUGUUCUUCACGUCCCUUUUCGCGUUGGACGUGCUGGUGCGGAUAUGUGUUUUGCAGCGCCUCUUCUUCAAGUCCUGCAUGAACUACGUGGACCUCGUCGUGAGUGCGACCUCGCUCGCGGAGAUGACGCUGACGGUCUCGAUGAGCUUGAACCCGGUCCUCUUCCGCUUGCUGCGUAUCGGAAAGCUGUUCCGCGCGGUGCGCAUGGUGCACAUGACCAACAUGUUGGCCUCGCUCCAUCUCCUAGUGAAGUGCCUCAUCGCCAGCUGCAACAUGCUUUUCUGGAGCUUCUGUCUGCUGACCUUUCUGCAGUGUGUGUCCGGUCUCGUCAUCAGCACACUAUGCAAGGACUACAUCGCCUCAGAGAUGCACGAGAUGAAAGCGCGGGAGGACGUGUUCUUGUACUUUGGCACUUUCACCCGGACGUUUCUCACGAUGUUCGAAAUUUUAUUUGCAAAUUGGGGCCCGCCCUGCCGCGUCUUGAUCGAGAACGUCAGCGAAUGGUUCUCCGUAUUCUUCCUCCUCUACCGAUGCGUGCUAGGCUUUGCCGUGGUCAACGUGGUCAACGCGGUCUUCGUUCAGCAGACCAUGAAGACAGCCAGCACAGAUGAGGAGCUCGCCUUCAAGCAGAAGGAGAAGGAGACAUCGCCUUGUACACUCGAAAGGUGCGGAACUUGUUCCAGAGCAUGGAUGCUUCAGGGGACGGCGCCAUCAAUUUGGAGGAGUUCGCCAAGUUGGUGA